AUGUCCCUCUCCUUCCCAUGCCCUCUCUCUCCUUCCUUCUUCCCGCGUACUCUGUGGCGCUUUCUCUCUCCUCAAUUUUGUCCGAGCCUCAAGAUAUUCGGAUCUCAGGCCCGAUCGGCGGAGAUGCCGGCGUUGCACUGCCCGGGCUUCCUCACUGCCAAUGGCGACCUCCAGAAGGUCGUCGGCAUGUUCUCGUGCCGGCCGCCCAUGGUCGUGCGACGGAAGCUGACGUGUUUCAGGCGAGGCCGCGGCCGCGGUCGGUGGAUGAGGAGGUUUAGUGUUUCUUGCGUCGCUGAGGAAGAGGUGAAGACACGUAGAAUCAGAAAGUAUUGUCCAGUUCUGGAAAGUAAGCCGUUCACAACUGAUGAUAUUAUAGCCUCAAAUGAAUGGAAGGCUGUCCCAGAUAUUUGGAAAACAGCGGCUGAUAGGUAUGGUGACAAGGUCGCAUUGGUUGAUCCAUAUCACGAUCCUCCCUCAACGUUGACAUACAAGCAGCUGGAGCAAGAGAUUUUGAAUUUCGCUGAGGGGUUGAGAGUUUCUGGGAUCCUUCCAAAUGAAAAGGUGGCACUAUUUGCUGAUAAUUCUUGUCGAUGGUUGGUUGCUGAUCAAGGCAUUAUGGCAAUGGGUGCAAUCAAUGUGGUUCGUGGAUCAAGGUCCUCUUCUGAAGAGUUGCUACAAAUAUACAAUCAUUCUGGAAGUGUUGCACUUGUUGUGGACGGCCCAGAUUUCUUCAGCAAGUUGAUCAAAAGUUUCAGCAUUCAAGCCAGGUUAAGGCUUGUUAUUUUACUUUGGGGUGACAAAUCAUCCCUUGAUGGCCAAAUGGUGGCAGACACGCCCAUUUUCAGUUAUCAGGAGAUAACAGAUAUUGGACAAAGUUCCCGUUAUGUUUCGGCAGAUGCACAAAAGGAAGGUCAGCAGUUUAUGUACAAGCCCAUCAAUCCAGAAGAUAUUGCUACACUUGUCUACACAAGUGGGACGACAGGCAUUCCUAAAGGAGUUAUGCUUACACAUCAAAAUUUUCUGCAUCAGAUAAAGAACAUGUGGGAUGUAGUGCCUGCCAGAGCUGGGGAUAGGUUCCUGAGCAUGCUUCCACCUUGGCAUGCAUAUGAGCGAGCUUGUGAAUAUUUCAUUUUUACGCAUGGAGUUCAACAGAUGUACACAAAUGUUAAAUUCUUGAAGGAAGAUUUGCAGCGGUAUCAGCCACAUUACCUUAUAUCUGUGCCGCUUGUAUAUGAGACACUUCACAGUGGAAUCCAUAGGCAGAUAUCUGCAAGCUCUAGUGUGAGGAAAAUCAUUGCAUUCUCUUUCAUAAGGAUAAGCUUGAUGUAUAUGGACUUCAGAAGAAUAUACGAGGGAAAGGUCCUGCCCAUGCUGCAGAAUCAACAAUUUAGUAGUGUUCCUCCUCUGUUGGUGUGGCUGUGGGCAGGGGUUAUGACAGCACUCUUCUGGCCUCUGCAUAUGCUUGGAGUGAAGCUUGUCUAUAGCAAAAUCCAUGCAUCACUUGGAAUAUCGAAGGCUGGUAUAAGCGGUGGUGGAAGCUUACCUUUGCAUAUUGACAAGUUUUUUGAGGCAAUUGGCAUUAGGUUACAGAAUGGAUAUGGUCUGACAGAGACAUCACCUGUUGUUGCUGCACGCCGACCGGAGUAUAAUGUUCUUGGAACGGUCGGACAUCCUCUUCGAAGCACAGAAAUAAAGAUAGUUGACCUGGAAACAGGGAGCAAUCUCCCAACUGGUCAAAAGGGAAUUGUAAAAGUUAGAGGCCUGCAAGUUAUGAAAGGUUAUUACAAGAAUGAAGAUGCUACCACUAAAGUCUUGGAUAAGGAGGGAUGGCUUGAUACUGGUGACAUAGGAUGGAUUGUGCCUAGUUCGUCCACUGGACCAAGUCGUAAUUGUAGUGGAAUGCUGGUUCUAGAAGGCCGUUUAAAAGACACAAUUGUCCUUUCUACAGGAGAAAAUGUUGAACCCUCAGAAAUAGAGGAAGCUGCCAUUAGAAGUAACCUCAUACAACAAAUUAUCGUGCUUGGUCAGGAUCAAAGGCGACUUGGUGCUUUAAUUGUUCCAAACAAGGAGGAGCUCCUACUAGCAGCAAGAAAGUUCUCCCGUACAGAUGAACUUGAUGUUCAUUCUAGACAAAAAAUAUUCAGCCAACUGAUACGGGAUGAACUUACAUUCUGCAGGACUUCCCAAUGUUCGUUCCAGAUAGGGCCAUUCUUAUUACUUGACGAGCCUUUCAGCAUUGAUAACGGCCUACUCACACCAACUAUGAAAAUCAGGAGAGAUCAGGUUGUAGCUCGAUACAGUGAUGAAGUUGCAAAGCUCUUCAUGUGAUGUACGCUUAGCCUGACACAGGAAGUCUUAGGUUAAGUUGACAUUAGAUCGGCAGAUUCAAGCCAAUAAGCUAUAUAAUGCGUCAGCUGGGUAAUUCCCAACUUCUUGCCUGUAAAUGUAUUCCUCCACCUGUCUCACCCAUUGCCCAAUCUCUUGAAGCCACUUCAGGGGUGAUGCCCUUUGUUCUUUGUUAAGGACUAUAUGUAUUCUUCUAAUUUGCUUUCUUAAUAAAUGUAUCCUUCCCUUGCAAAAGAAUUUUAUCGGAGCACUUCUGUUUUUUGGUUUUAAUGACGAUGUGCAUGAACGUACUGUCCAUUGAAGCAGGAGAUCAGUUUCUACCUGUAAAGCAGAUGGUGCUAAUAGUUUUGGGUACCAUGAAAUCACAACGGAGUACCAAUGCUCAGGUUCAUGUGUAAGGAAAACCCUGGAGGCCUGGAUGUGGGCGCUAACGCGCAGUUUUACACCGACUGCAUCCUCGUGCUUUUACAAAUUCUGGUGGUGCCUUGCAAUUUUGAUGAUUCAUCUGGUAUUAAAACUUUGAAACGUGACAAACGUCUCAGUUCUCCCUUGUUUUUCCAGUAGCCCCCAGUUCGAGCUUGAGGAGUGAGGAGUUACUAAAACCAGAUCCUGGAUUUAAACUUCAUUGUGACUCCCACUUGUAGACGGGGUUGUGUUUUGCUUGCCUAGUUCGGGUUGUUGAGGUCCAUGGAGUUUUACUCUAUGGGAAGGUGACCAUGUGCUUGGAUUCGCCCUAAACCAUGAAUUCAUUGUUAAAAGCGUUUUCAUGCCUACCGUAUUUUUUAGAUUUAUAUUAACAAUUGGAGGUUUGAUCGAAGAAGGUUAAAAUCUUGAUACUGGAAGUACAUGCUAGCAUAAUUGGGUAUUUGCCUAACCUCAGCCUGCCUAUCAGACAAACAACCUGGUAAACCUUACGAGGGAGGCCAUGGUUGAAGCUUUCUUCCUCUUGAAACAGCAAAAGAGUUGCAGCAUUGAAAACGGCGGAAUUUCACGAAGACAGACCGUCGUUGGGUUUAGAAGAAGGUUGGACUCUAAAAUGAGAAUUCUUCAACAAUAAUUCGUAUGUCGAUUUCAUUAUACGUGGGUCCGUAGUUCUUUGUAUUUUUUUUUUUUUUGGGUUCCUCUUGCCACGUUGUAUGCAUGUUCUGCACCAUUGUUUGUCUUGAACCCAAUCCUGUUGUGUUUUCC